AUGGGCCUAAUGAUAAUUGGAAGUUUGACUGCUUCCAUCCUAUUGUGCAUUUUUACAAUUGGCGUCAACAGUUCCCAGAUACCCUGGCCACCUGAAGCGGACUAUUCCACGCAACAAAUUGAUCAUUUUGCAUUCCCUCCGGCAAAUCAUACAUUCCUCCUGCGUUUCCUCUAUAAGGAUUAUCGCGAAAAUGGAAUUGGACCCAUUUUUUUCUACUGCGGCAACGAGGGUUCGAUUGAGUCCUUCUGGAACAAUACUGGAUUUAUGUUCGAGUUGGCCGAAACAAUGCAUGCACUUGUCAUAUUUGCCGAACACGUAAUUGGUUAUAUGAUUCCUACUUACUUGUUUUUGCCACAGCGCUACUACGGCCAAAGUCUACCGUUCCCUGACUCAUUUUCACAACCAUACAUCCAAUAUUUGUCAAUAGAACAGGCAUUGGCUGACUACGCUUAUCUGAUUGUGGAAUUGAAAGAACGCUUUAAUGCAGUUCGGUCACCGGUGAUUGCUUUUGGUGGCAGUUACGGUGGUAUGCUGGCUGCCUAUAUGCGUCUACGAUAUCCUCACCUGGUUACGGGCGCUCUGGCCUCGAGUGCACCCAUGUAUUGGGUUUCCGGUCUCAAAAGAUUUCAUGGUUUCUUUGAAGCCGUUACGCGGGAUUACCAAUGGACAGAUAAAAAAUGUGUGGCCUUAUUUAAGGCGGCUUAUGAUAAAAUGGAGGAGCUCGUUGAAGAACAAGACGGUCUGAACAAACUGUCGCGAGAGCUUCGUUUGUGUGAACCAAUGAAAAAUUUUGAUGACUAUAUGUGGAUGCUCAAAUGGUCCCGAAACGCUUUUGUCAUGAUGGCUAUGAUGGAUUAUCCGACCGAAGCAUCUUUCAUGGGUGAUUUACCAGCCUAUCCGGUGAAUGUCUCUUGUCAUGCAGCUCUCGCGGCGCAAGAUCCCAUUUCUGCAAUUCGAGACGCUGUCGGUGUCUUCUACAAUAGUUCGCAUCGGGAGAAGUGCUUCGAUUACAAAACGCAAUACAUUGAAUGCGCUGAUAUUACCGGUUGUGGCCUGGGAAAUGACUCUAUGGCUUGGGACUUUCAGGUAUACUCGAGCACAUGUCUCUUUUCUGAUUACUAUCUUCUUUCUUCCACACGACAUUUCGGCUGA